AUGACAAUGAAUGAAACGGCUGCUAUUACGUCUGAUAUUUCCAAUCCCAACAUGCAAAAUUUUUUGCACGAAGGUCUCUCAUACAAUACCAAAGAUAUGGAAGGAGUACAAAAUGCCUUGAAAGUUUCAUAUGAAGUAUAUAUGACCUUAGCCUACUCUUCUGAAAAGUUGACAAAUAUGGAAAAUCUUCAUGUUUUACUAGACGAAAAUGAUAUUGGAUCAAUUUCUGUUGAGGAUGAUAACAUAUCUGCAGAACCGAUUAAAAAGGCUUUAAUAUUUGAUAUGUUGUGUGCUUUUUUAUGUUCUGAAGUGAGAGAACUAGGCAAUCUACUGGGUGAUCUUCAAGAUACUAUUGUCAAUGCCCUUCAUGAGAUAUCUUCUUUUGGACAACCAACAGAAUUGCUUACUGGGCUGGAAAGCAAAUUAUGUGAUUCUGAAGAAUCACUAAAACAGUCACAAGAGCAAGUCAUGAAGAUGAAGAUCCAAUUAGCCAAGUUGCAGAUGUCCUCAUUUUCUUUCAAGCAAAAUGAAAGGAAAUAUGACUUGGCUGGAAGUUUUAAAGAAGAAUUUCAUUUAGAAAGCACAGAGUUCCAGCCACAAAUGCAGAAAAUUGAACAAAGGCGUGUUUUAAGAAUGCUGGAAAACUCUCUUGCAGGAGAGCUGGAACUUGAGAAAAAAUUAACAGAACUGAAACAAAAUGAGGAAGAUCUUAAAUUGAAGAUACGGUUAACAGAACAAGUUGCUGUCUACCUGGAAGAGGCAGCAGAGGGAGCUUGGAGCAGGUUCUUAGAGGCAGAUAAUACAGCAGAGGUGCUGAUGGGAAUUUCAAAAGAAAUGGUGGGCAAGCUUCAAAUUGUUCAGCUCAAUCUGAAUGGUUCAACCAAGAGAGAAGAAGAAAUGAAAUCUACACUCCGAGAUUGCAUAAAUCAAUUGAACGACAAAGAAUUUGCAAUAGGAAAACUCAACAGCAGCAUUUCACAUCUUAUCGCCGAUAAUUCUGAAGUGACUCAUUUAAGAGAACACGUCAAAAUGCUGGAGAAAAAGCUGAACAAAACUGAGUCUCAGCUCAAGGAGGCAAAUGCAUCUAGUGAAACGAGUCAACAGAAAUUAAAAGAAAUGGAGGGUGAAAUCCAGUCCCUUAAGGAAAAUAUAUACGACACUGGGAGUAGGGCUGAAAGUGCAGUGACCAAAGUUACGCAUUUAACAGAGACAAACUUGGAACUGACAGAAGAACUAAAUUUUCUUAAAGGUAGUAAUGAUAGAAAUAAAAAAAAGGUGAGCAUACUCGAGAAGCAGGUAAGGGAAUUAGAUAUCCAAUUGCAGCAUGCAAAGGCUUCCUCUGAAACAAGUCAAGAGCAGCAGAACAUGCUAUAUUCUGCAAUUUGGGACAUGGAAACAUUGAUUGAUGAACUGAAACAAAAAGUUGCGAAUGCUGAGAGUAAGACUGAGAGUGCCGAGGACCGAUGUAUUAUAUUGUCCAACACAAAUUCAGAACUUAACGAAGAACUAGAUUUUCUGAUAGCCAGAAUGGAAUUCUUGGAGAAAUCUAUGAACCAAGCAACUAUUGAAAAAAAAUCAAGUACAGAAGACAUUAAUAUCAAAACCGAGCUUAUUAUGGAUAUGGUUAUGCAACUCACAAUCGAAAGGGAGCGAAUACAGAAACAGUUGUACUCUUUAACAACGGAAAACAAAUUGUUGAGGGAGAAGUUCCACGAUGCAAAGAAGGUUGCAUCUGUAGUUCAGAGAGGCAAUAGCAGUAGUAAUAAAGAAUUCCCGUCAUCCGAGCUCGAUUCAUCUGAUCCUGUUUUGACAAAAUUUUCAGCAGAAGAAGAAACACCAAACAAAUUGUUGAGGGAGAAGUUCCACGAUGCAAAGAAGGUUGCAUCUGUAGUUCAGAGAGGCAAUAGCAGUAGUAAUAAAGAAUUCCCGUCAUCCGAGCUCGAUUCAUCUGAUCCUGUUUUGACAAAAUUUUCAGCAGAAGAAGAAACACCAUUCUUGUCAACAAGUUUCCGGGCAGGGGUACUAAUCACCGGAGGAUAUGCCCCCAGAUCAGAGUGA